AUGAAAGUUUACAGAAUUAUUGCGCUAUUAUCAUUAUGGGCUACUUUAGCACAAACAGGAUUUGUUAAAGAGAAACUUAAAGAAAAUCUAAUGGUUACGGUAAAAGAAUGUCAGGAAGAAUCGGGGGCAUCAGAGGUAGACAUGCAAACAAUAAAAGCAAAAAAAAUCCCCCAAACUGAGACAGGCCUCUGUAUGAUGGAAUGUUUAUUCAACAAAGUCAAAAUAAUGAAGGAAGGCAAAUUUAAUAAAGAAGGCAUGCUGAUUGCGGUUACGCCCUUCUUAAGAGGUGAUUUAAAAAAAAUAAGCAAAAUGCGGGAUUUUGGAGAUAAGUGCUUGGAAUACAUUGGUGAAGGAUCCAAGGAAAAAUGUCAGGACGUAAAGUUGCUAGUUGAGUGUUUCCAGAGAUAUGGCAAAGAGUAUGGGUUAGCCAUACCAUCACCAUAAAAUU